CGGGCGGCGGGGGAGCGGGGGAAGAUGGCGGAGCUGGGCAAGAAGUACUGCGUGUACUGCCUGGCCGAGGUGAGCCCGCUGCGCUUCCGCUGCACCGAGUGCCAGGACAUCGAGCUGUGCCCCGAGUGCUUCUCGGCCGGCGCCGAGAUCGGUCACCACCGACGCUACCAUGGCUACCAGCUGGUGGACGGAGGGCGCUUCACGCUCUGGGGACCCGAGGCCGAGGGCGGCUGGACCAGCCGCGAGGAGCAGCUGCUGCUGGACGCCAUCGAGCAGUUCGGCUUCGGGAACUGGGAGGACAUGGCCGCGCAUGUGGGCGCUUCUCGGACCCCCCAGGAGGUGAUGGAGCACUACGUGAGCAUGUACAUCCACGGGAACCUGGGCAAGGCCUGCAUCCCCGACACCAUCCCCAACCGCGUCACCGACCACACGUGUCCCAGCGGGGGCCCCCUCUCGCCCAGCCUCACCACGCCACUGCCCCCGCUUGACAUUUCGGUGGCUGAGCAGCAGCAGUUGGGCUACAUGCCGCUGCGGGACGACUAUGAGAUCGAGUACGACCAGGAUGCCGAGACGCUGAUCAGCGGGCUCUCGGUGAACUACGACGACGACGACGUGGAGAUCGAGCUGAAGCGCGCGCACGUGGACAUGUACGUGCGCAAGCUCAAGGAGCGACAGCGCCGCAAGAACAUCGCGCGCGACUAUAACCUGGUGCCCGCCUUCCUGGGCAAGGACAAGAAGGAGAAGGAGAAGGCGCUGAAGCGCAAGAUCACCAAGGAGGAGAAGGAGCUGCGGCUGAAGCUCAGGCCGCUGUACCAGUUCAUGUCGUGCAAGGAGUUCGACGACCUGUUCGAGAACAUGCACAAGGAGAAGAUGCUGCGAGCCAAGAUCCGCGAGCUGCAGCGCUACCGGCGCAAUGGCAUCACCAAGAUGGAGGAGUCGGCCGAGUACGAGGCUGCGCGGCACAAGCGGGAGCGGCGCAAGGAGAACAAGAGCCUGGCGGGCUCUAAGAGGGGCAAGGAGGACGGCAAGGACGGCGAGUUUGCGGCCAUCGAGAACCUGCCCGGCUUCGAGCUCCUGUCGGACCGCGAGAAGGUGCUGUGCAGCUCUCUGAACCUGAGCCCGGCGCGCUAUGUGACCGUCAAGACCAUCAUCAUCAAGGACCACCUGCAGAAGCGGCAGGGCAUCCCCUCGAAAAGCCGCCUGCCCAGCUACCUGGACAAAGUCCUGAAGAAGCGCAUCCUCACGUUCCUCACCGAGAGCGGGUGGAUAUCGCGGGACGCGUCCUGAGGCAGCCACCACAGCUAGGAGCCAAUGGCUUGGGGAGGGGGUGCUCCCCGGUGUUGCUCUUUUUAAAGAAAUCGAGUUCCUUUUUUAAGGUGUAAAGUCUUCUCGUGGUCCUCUGCAAGCAGCGGGCUUACAGUGGAUCUCAGGAGACGGAGGCGCGGCAGCUCCAUCUGGAGAAUGUGAUGAAGCUGGACGGUGUCUUGUGUCCCAUGAGCCUUCUUCCCUUUGGUGCGAAAGCUAUUGCUGAGGGUGCCGGGAGCGAUGUGCCCUUGCCGGGCCGGCAAGCUGUCGGCUUUUCUCUGGUGGCACAAGCUCUUCUCAGGUGGGGCUGCUGGCGCCCUUUUCUGAGCCCACUGCUGCCCCCGGCACGUGGCACUUUACAGAGGCAGGCUGGGUGGGGCCCUCUGCACACAGCAGACGCGACGCCUAGGAAGCCCUUGUUUGCACACAGAUGACACUGCACUCUUGGCAGCACCCAGGCUCUCCCCCGGGGUCCUGGCUGCCUCCCUUGGAACAUCCGGGUCGCCACGAGCAGGAGGGCAAUCGGGGAGGGAUGUAGGACCGUGGGGGCCGCUGGUUUCCCAGGUGCCUGAUGCUGCUGUCCCUGUAGUGUGUUCUAAACUUGGAAGCCCCUGUGUGAGAGCACAUGGCUGAGUCCUGUGUUCGCGUCCUCAGGAUUUCUGUCACAGCUGCACCCUUCCCACUGAAAAAGUGUGACCACGUUAGCCAGGCUAAGUGAAUUACUAGGGUGUGGCCAGACCCGCUGCCCGCCAGCUGAGCAGAGCCCUGGGCAGUGUGCAUGGCUACUGGUGAGGGCAGAGCGCCCAGAUGAGCCUCAGCGCACACGUGCUGGCUCCGCGUGGAGUCACAAACCAAGAGCUUGACGCCAGGCACCUUUAGGGCCCGCCUGGUACCUUCCUGCUAAACCUGCAGAAGUUGCUCGUUUUCCUGCAGCUCAGGGCUCUGCUCAGACCGCACUCCAGGGCCCCUGGAGCGACCACAGACCCUGCCCCUCCCUCCCAUGCUUGGCCUGCCCCAGCCUCUUUAGGUACAAGAGCCUGUUUACCUCUGAACAUUUGGGCUUGAAGUUACAUACAUUAAACUGAAGAAUGAAAAACACCUCCUCAUUUCCAAGGACUUGAUUAUGUGCCUUUUCUUUUUACAUCCUCUGUCCCCUAGGGUAAGUUUUCAGCAUUAAAUAAAACAUUUCAGACACACUGCAGAUGGCUUUAGCUGUAAAGUGCAUGGCGGACCUGCGGCCAGGCGCAGGAUCUGUCUCCAUGCCUGAGCCAGUGAGCUCUGGGCUUGCUCAUGAGGACCAGCCCUGCACUGCCCCCUGCAGGGUGAGCGUGUUCGCCAGCGCUGGUUGGCGGGGAGCCCGAAAGGUGCCGGGAUGGCUCUUGCUCAGCUGACGGUGUCUUAGCCAGUGUGUGGCGAACACAGGUGCAGUUGGGUCCCAUGCGAUCCUCCGGAGUCAGAAAUCCAGAGGCUUCUGGGGUGCAGUCCAGCUGCUGUUCUUGAGCUGUGUGGGAGCCGAAGACGGCGAGCCCCCUGUCUUCCCCAUCCUGGGGUCCCCGGGUUGACUUUCUACCCAGAAUCCUAGUUUGGAGAGGUUUGGACUGUCUUAUUUUUCCUGUAAAGUGAUAGCCAGACCUACACUAGCUUGAGAAGCAGAGGAUCCUGUGUGGCCCAGGCCGAGAGCUGUUAGAUGUGCUUCCGCAGGUUUGUAGUGUGUGUAUUUUGACGGUAUGAAGAAUUUAUUUAGGCUUGACUGUUUUAAAACACCACAAUGAAUGUAUAAUUAAUUUAUGUUGAGAUAUUAGUGUUACAAGGGAAAAGUAAUUCCAGGACGGAUGCCUGUCGUCCCACCUGCCCCAGCUGUUCUGUCACAUCUCUGCUGUUCGCUCAGAACCUGAAAUGUUUCUAUUUAAUUCUCACGAUGAAUCAGCUACCACAAUCCCACCGAGCGAGGUCCUUCCCAAACUUAACUCUGUCUUUGAGUCAGAAAAGGCCAUGCUCUCGGGAGGCCAGCAUUCCAAGAAUGUAUUCAAAGCUGCAACUCCGGCUACUGUUUUUAUUGUCCUUUUACAUAUUAAAGAGGUUGAGAACAAAA